AUGUGUCCCUUGAGUUUCAGAAAUUUCUUGCUCCUGGCGUCUUCCCUUUUCUUUACUGGGUUGUCAGCUGUUCCUCAAAGCUUUUCGCCAUCUCUGAGAAGCUGGUCUGGUGCCCCCUGCAGGCUGUCGAGGGUAGAGUCAGAGCGCCACUGCAGGGCACCUGGGCAGCCCCCUGGGAGUGCUCUGUGCCAUGGCCGGGGACGCUGUGACUGUGGAGUCUGCAUCUGCCACGUGACUGAGCCAGGCAUGUACUUCGGGCCUCUCUGUGAGUGCCAAGAAUGGGUGUGCGAGACCUACGACGGGAAGACCUGUGCAGGUCAUGGCAAGUGUGACUGCGGUAAGUGUAAAUGUGAUGAAGGAUGGUCUGGCGAAGCUUGCCAGUAUCCAAAAAAGUGUGACCUGACCAAGAAACAAAGUAGCCAAAUGUGCAAGAAUUCUCAAGAUAACAUCUGCUCGAAUGCAGGUACGUGUCACUGUGGCAGAUGUAAAUGUGAUAAUUUUGAUGGAAAUGGACUUGUUUAUGGUAAAUUUUGUGAGUGUGAUGACAGAGAAUGUAUAGACGAUGAAACAGAAGAAAUAUGUGGAGGCCAUGGAAAGUGUUACUGUGGAAACUGUUACUGUGAGGCUGGUUGGCAUGGAGAUAAAUGCGAAUUCCAGUGCGACAUCACCCCCUGGGAGAGCAAGCGAAGAUGCACAUCUCCAGAUGGCAAAAUCUGCAGCAACCGAGGGACUUGUGUGUGUGGAGAAUGCUCUUGCCACGAUGUUGAUCCUACUGGAGACUGGGGAGAUAUUCAUGGAGAUACCUGUGAAUGUGAUGAAAGAGACUGUAGAGCUGUGUAUGACAGAUACUCUGAUGACUUCUGUUCAGGUCACGGACAGUGUAAUUGUGGAAGAUGUGACUGCAAAGUGGGUUGGUAUGGGAAAAAAUGCGAACACCCACGUUCCUGCCCACUGUCACUCGUGGAGAGCAUCAAGAAGUGUCAGGGAAGCUCGAAUCUGCCCUGCUCUGGAAGGGGUAAAUGUGAAUGUGGUAAAUGUACUUGCUAUCCUCCAGGAGAUCGGAGGGUGUACGGCAAGACCUGCGAAUGUGAUGACCGGCGCUGUGAGGAUCUUGGCGGCGUGGUCUGUGGAGGACAUGGUGCAUGUUCUUGCGGUCACUGUGUUUGUGAGAAAGGAUGGUUCGGGACACUCUGCCAGCAUCCACAGAAGUGUAACAUGACGGAAGAACAGAGCAAGAGUUUGUGUGAGUCAGCAGAUGGCAGAUUGUGCUCAGGAAAGGGUUCUUGUCACUGUGGAAAGUGCAUCUGUUCCACCCAGGAAUGGUACAUUUCGGGGGAAUUCUGCGACUGUGAUGACAGGGACUGUGACCAGCAUGAUGCUCUCAUUUGUACAGGGAAUGGAAUAUGUAGCUGUGGAAACUGUGAAUGCUGGGAUGGAUGGAAUGGAAAUGCUUGUGAAAUUUGGCUUGGCACAGACUAUCCUUAACAUUUUACAUGGAACAAGACUGGAUUCUGCAUAUUUUUACAGCCAUUAGAACAUUUAAAUGCCAAGAAAACCGUAUAUAAUCACCACUAGAACAGGUCAAACAGAUUUUUGUAUGCUUUUCUAUUUCUGAAUGCCUGGGGGAAACCUAUUUAUACCCAUUAGAUAUAAAGUUGAGCAAAUGCUGAUGCGAAUACACUAGA